AUGGCUUCGAACGGAUCUAACAUUGCGGUAGGAGAUCCACUACAAAUUCAUGCCUCAGAUUAUCCAGGUAUGAUCUUAGUCUCUGCUCCAUUAAUUGGUCUCAAUUAUAGAUCGUGGAGUAGAGGAAUACAAAUUGCCCUAGGCGCUAAGAACAAGCUAGGGUUUGUAAAUGGGGAAAUUCUGAUUCUAGAUGAAAAUAGCGAGGAGUUUAAUCUCUGGAAGAGGUGCGAUUAUAUGGUUACCUCUUGGUUGUUAAAUUCGAUUUCUAAGGAUCUUGUAGAUGCCUUCAUUUACACUAACAAUGCUAGACAACUUUGGCGUGAGAUAGAGGAGAGAUUUGGGGAAAGUAAUGGAGCACUUGUGUAUCAACUCCAACGCAAGAUAAGCUCUGUUAGUCAGGAUAAUUUUUCUGUAUCUGUGUAUUAUACUCAACUCAAACGAUUAUGGGAUGAAUUGGCUGCAGUAAAGCCUUUACCAAACUGCUCUUGUGGUGCCUCUAAGGCUAUAUCUGAAUUUGAUGAAGAAAACAAGUUGAUGCAAUUCCUUAUGGGGCUGCAUGAUGGUUAUGAUCAGGUGAGGAGUCAGAUUUUAUUACUUGAUCCUUUGCCAAGUGUUAAUAAGGCUUACUCGAUGAUUCUGAGAAUAGAGUCACAAUGUCAGGUAGUUUCUACCUUGAAUGAGACUAAUGAAGGAGCAGUGUUUUUCUCUAAGCAAAGUCCAAACAAUAAGAGAGAUCAGAAGAAAUUCAAGAACAAAAGUUUUUGUGAAAACUAUAAAAGGAGUGGGCAUUUGAAGGACUCUUGUUUCAAAUUGAUUGGUUAUCCUGAUUGGUAUAAAGAGAAGAUGAAUAAAGAUUUAGCACAAAAGGUUAUUGCAAAUGUGACUAACAAGGCUGAAUUAACUUCUGAUACACCUCUAGAUGCUGUCUAG